AUGCAAUACGUAUAUAUGAGAUCUAAUCUAUUAUCAGAUAUAAAUUUUUAUACAAGAAAAUUAUGGUUAUUAGGAAAUGGAUAUAUAUAAGCUCAUAAUAAUAAUAGUUUAUUAGAUAUCGAAAAUUUUUAUAAAACUUAAUUAGAAAAAUAUGUUAAGAACUUAUAAGAUGUUCAAUUUAAUGUUAUAAAAGCAGAUAUAAAAAUGUAAAAUAGAAUGAAAGAACCUCCUGAUAAUUAACCAUAUUAAUUUUAUUCUAAAAAAUAAAAUAAUGAAACAUCUGUGGAAUAUAAAUCAUUUACUGAUGCAAUAUUUUAAUAUAUAACAAGUGCAUCAACUUUAAAAAGCGCUUAAUUAAUUAAUUUCAUUCCUCAAUUAUAAAAUAAUAAUUAAUAAGUUUCUAUAAUUGAACCAACUUAAAUAUACUAUUUUAUUGUACGAUAAAAUGGUCUUUUUUUAUUCCGUUAAUCUUGUGAAGAAAUCUCUGAAAAUUUCUUCAAUUUUUACUAUAAUUUAGUAUAAGAUUCAGAUCUUUAAUUUCUUAUAAUAAUGAUAAUCGGAAUUUUAUUUUUUAUUUUAUCUCAAUUUAUAUUAAUUCCUAUAGUAUUUUAAGUAAUAAAAACAAACAAUAGAGUUCUUUCUUUAUUUGGAUAUAUUCCAAUUGUUGAAAUAAAAUAUUUAUCUUAUAAAUGCGAUAAAUUCAUACAACUAUUCAUAAAAUAAGAAAAUUAUUAAUAAGAAUAGAAUAUGUAAUAAUAAUAAUAAAAGCAUUUGAAUUCUAAAAGUAAUAGCUUAAGUAAAUAAUAUGAAAUUAACAGCGUAAAAAAUAGGAUGAUAAAAAACCAUUCACCCUAAUAAAUUAUUCAAAAUUUUAAUAAUUCGUAAUUAAAAAUUCCACCAGGUAACCCAAACUAUAAAUCUUUAAUGAAUACUCCUUCCAAAAAAAAUAUAGAAGAUGAUGAAAAAAUGUAAUUAAAGGAUAAUAUUUAAAAUAAAGAUGAAGAAAAAAAGAAACAAUUACAAAAAUAGUAUUAAGAAAAAGCCGCAGCUGUGGCUGCAGCUGCAGCAACUUCGAAAUUAAUUAAAGGAGAUGAAGAUUUUGAAAACUUUAGAAGCGAAAAAUUUCUAAACUAAAAAGCUGGCAAAUAAAAAAUAAUAUUUUUUUCGUUUUCUUUUAUUUCUUUUCUAUUUAUUAUAUUCUUCAUAAUAAGCUAUGCGCUAUAAAAAGAUUUUUUAAGAAGCAUCAAUAAAAUACAAGAACACUUAAAAUAUAUUUUAGAAAGACCUUCAUUAUUAAAAUUUAAUCUACUCUUUACACUAGAAGAAAUCGUAGAAGGAAUUCCAAUAUAAUACGAAAAUUAAGAUUUGAGGAAAUUUUAUGCAAAUUAAAUACAUGAAAAUUAAAAAUAAGUAUAUUUUUCAUUUAAAGGAGGUUUCUCAUAUACAUUUUAAGAUUAUGAAAAAUAUUUUAAUUUAAUAGAUGAUGAGGAAAUAUGUGAUAAUGUAUCUUUAAUAUCAAAUAUUUCAGAAUGUAAACUAAUUUUAAACGGGAUUCUUUAAAGAGGAUUAAGAACUUCUAUUGUAUCUUUAACAGAAACUUUAAGAGAUAUUUCAGUUAAAUUUAGCGAUUCAAUUAAUAAAUAAAAAGAGUUUAAAAUUUAAUGUAUUAACAAUGAAGAAUUUAUUAGUUUAGAAAAAGGAAUGUAAUACAUUGUUACUUCUAUAUAUUAACUAAAUGAUUUUUUUUUAUAUAAUAUUGAUAUAUAUUUGAAAUUUAGAUUAAAAUUUGAAAUUAUUCUUUUUAGUAUUUUUAUAAGUAUAUUUUUACUUAUAUUUUCUUUUGUUUGGAUUCCUUAUUUAAGUGGCUUAAGUAUUAAAAUUUGGAGAACAAAAGGAAUGCUUAAUAUGAUUCCUAUUAAUAUAAUUACAAAAUAUGAUACUCUUAAAUAAGCUUUAUUUAAGGUAAUAUUCUAAAGGCUGUUAAGUGAUUUAUAUAUAUAUUUAUAUAUAUUUAAUUUGUCUUAUUUCUCAUUUUUUUUUAUAUAUUUAAUCAAAAUAAAGUAUAUAAUCUUAUUUUUAGCUCUAAAUUUUAUUUAUAUAUUGUAUUAUAAAAAUUAAUUUCAUAAAAUAUAAAUAAUGAUGUUUAGUAUAUAUAUAUAAAAUAUAUAUUAGUAUAUAUUAUUUAUUUAAUAUUUUAUUCUAUAUAAAAAUUAAUUUAAAAUUUUAUUUUAUAUAUUAAUAAAAAUUCAAUUAAUUUUUACAUAUAUUUAACAUUUUUAUAUUUAUUUUUUUAUAAUUAUUAUUUUUUAAAUUAAAAUAUACUAUUUUUUUAUUUUAUCUUUUAUUUAUAUUUUAAUGAAUUUUUUUUUUUAAUAUUUAAAUUUUUAUUUUUAAUUAAAUAUAUAUGAAUUUGAAUUAUUUCAUAAAAACAAAUAAUUUUAUAAAAAUUGA